AUGGAGGGUUACACUUACAGAAUUACUAAGUGUUGCAUGACUAGCUCUUUAGUACAAUUACUUGCCUUCGAGAAGCUUAAUGGGGAUAAUUAUGCUGCAUGGAAAUCGAAUUUAAAUAUGAUACUAGUGAUGGAUGAUCUAAGUAUAUAUGAUGUUUUGGCUAAGAAACACGAUGUUGUGCGUACUGCUAAAGAGAUUAUGGAAUCUCUACGGGGGAUGUUUGCACAACCAUCCUUCUCCCUUAGACAUGAUGCUAUCAAGUAUGUUUAUAACUGCCGUAUGAAAGAAGGGACCUCUGUUAAAGAACAUGUCUUGAACAUGAUGGUCCAUUUCAACGUGACAGAAAUAAAUAGAGCUAUUAUAGAUGAUAAAAGUCAAGUUAGCUUUAUUCUAGAGUCUCUUUCGAAGAGCUUCUUACAGUUCCGCACAAAGCGAUGA